AUGGCGGGCAAGCUGCAGGUGACCAAGGCCCAGGCGCUGGCCGACGAGGAGAAGCGGCCGCUGCUCGGGGGCGACGUGCACGUGACGCUGCGCCGCCAUGACGCGCCGGCAUCUUCGGGUCUCGGAGACCGGUACCCGUCUCAGGACGCGACGUGCAUGUCGUCCGCGCUCUUCUCGUGGGUCACGCCGCUCAUGGAGCUGGGCAACCAGCGGCCGCUGGAGCACGACGACCUGUACCUGCUGGACCCGGCCAACCGCGCGCACGAGGUGGCCACGGAGUUCCGGGCGGCCUGGAGCAAGCAGUGCCGCAAGGCCAAGCCCAGCCUGGCCUGGGCGCUGGCCUCGUGCUUCGGCGGCCAGAUCGCCAAGGCCGGGCUGCUCAAGCUCGUGCACGACUCGCUGCAGUUCGUGGGCCCCAUGCUGAUCAAGGAGAUCAUCGCGUACCUGCAGAACCCGGACGCGCCGCUGAGUGAGGGGCUCAUCUACGCGGGCGUCGUGUUCGUCUCGGGCAUCAUGCAGUCGUUCUUGCUCAGGAACUACUUCUUCCACUGCUUUGAAGCCGGCAUGAGAGUGCGCUCGGCCGUCUGCACGGCCGUGUACAGCAAGAGCUUGGUGCUGUCCGCCGCGGCGAGACAGAAGAAGACGACGGGCGAGAUCACCAACUUGAUGUCCAUCGACGCCCAGAGGUUGCAGGAGCUCUCGACGUUCAUCAACAGUGUGUGGUUCUCGCUCUUCCAGAUUGUGGUGGCGUGCUACUUGCUGUGGAAGCAGAUCGGUCCCGCCACGUUUGCCGGAGUGGCUGUGAUCAUCUUGAUGCUGCCGGUUACGGCGGGCAUCUCCAAGCUCAUGCGCCGCCUGCAGUUGAAGUUGAUGGAGGUGAAGGACGAACGCAUUAAGAUUUGCAAUGAAGUGCUGGCGGGGAUGAAGGUGAUCAAGCUCCAGGCGUGGGAGCACUCGUUCACCAAGCGUGUGCUAGAAUACCGCAGCGAGGAGCUCAGCAAGCUGAAAACGUACAUCUACGCACGCAGCGGAUCGAUGACGCUCUUCUCAGCGAUCCCUUCGCUGGUGACGGUGACGUCAUUUUACACCUACGUCAAGCUGGGCAACACGCUGGACGUCGGUACUGCAUUGACGUCGCUGGCGUUGUUUAACAUCCUCCGCUUCCCGCUGUUUAUGCUGCCGCAGGUGCUGAACUCGAUUGUUGAGGCGAGUGUGAGUAUCGACCGCUUGAGUUCUUACUUCCAGGAAGAGGAACGUGAGCAGGUAGGGCCCGGAGACCUGGAGGGUGUUGGUGUCCGUGUGAAAAACGCCGACUUCAUGUGGGAUACUGCACCGGGCGCAUCGUCGUCUUCGGAGGCGUCGUCGGGUUCACAAGAGGAGGACAGUUUGCUCAAGGCCGACUCGAUUCUGGACAAGGAAGCUGGUGAAACUCUGCCGGUACUUCAGGGUGUGGCGCUGGAAGCCCGCCCGGGUGACUUGAUUGCUGUCGUUGGUCAUGUGGGCGCCGGAAAGUCGACACUUCUCAGUGCCAUACUCGGUGACGCUCGAUGCAGUCGUGGCGAGGUGAACCUGCGCGGUUCGGUUGCCUACGUCUCUCAGCAGCCAUUUAUUCAGAAUGCGACAGUUCGUGAGAACAUUUGCUUCGGCCUCCCCUUUGACGAGGCUAAGUAUGCUGAGGCUCUUCGUGUAAGCUCAAUGCAAAAGGAUUUGGCUGUGCUGCCUGGAGGCGAUCUGACGGAGAUUGGCGAGAAGGGUAUCAACCUCAGCGGUGGACAGCGUACCCGUGUAGCCAUUGCGCGUGCAGUGUACCAGGAUGCUGACAUUUACUUGCUGGAUGACAUUCUGUCAGCUGUGGACAGCCACGUGGGUCAUGAUAUCUUCAAGGAGUGCAUUAAGAAGUGCCUGAAGGACAAGCUGGUGAUCCUCGUCACGCAUGGUCUAACUUUCCUGAGCGAGUGUGACAAGAUCGUGGUAUUGGAAAACGGCAUGAACGUGGAGGAUGGCUCCUAUGAAGACCUCAUGGAAAAGGAUGGUGGGCUUCUCAUGGAUCUGGUGGCUAAAUACAAAGAUCAAGAUCAGCAGCAGGGGCCUAACAUCAUCGAAGAUGUCGAGGACGUAAUCUCACUUGAUGAACUUGAGGAGGAUGAAGAGGACAACCCGACGCCCGAGCGUCUGGGACGCCGAUUGAGUCGGUCUUCUGUGCGCAGCGACCGAGCCACGAGUGACGCAGGAGCUGAAGCUCAAUUGAUGACCGAUGAAGAUCGAUCUGUGGGUGACGUUGCCUGGCAAGUGUACAAGACGUGGAUUAUGGCGUUUGGCGGGAUUUCCGCCGGUGUGCUUGUGAUCUUCGUGUUCAUCGCCACCCAAUUUGUGAACUUGCUUUCCACGUGGUGGCUUUCGUUCUGGUCGGAACACUCGCAGCCGAAUGAUGAUGAAGAGCAACCCGCAGACCCACAGUCGCAGAUGUUCUACGUGUAUGUGUACAUGGGUCUGAACGCGGUCUACGCUGCGGCGCUGUACGCUCGUGCUAUAACGACAUACAAGGGAGGUCUCCGCGCGAGUCGAUCACUUUUCCAGGAUCUGCUGGCCCGCAUCCUGCGCGCCCCAACAUCGUUCUUUGACACAACACCUACUGGCCGUAUUGUGAAUCGUCUGUCCAAGGACGUGUACACUGUCGACGAGAGCAUCCCUGCAACAUGGAGCAUGCUCCUGAAUACCUUCAUCAGUGUGUUGGUGACACUGGCUACUAUUUCGUACGUGACACCGAUUUUCAUGAUCAUUCUGCUGCCCGUGCUGGUGGGCUACUACAUCUCGCAGCGCUACUUUAUCAAGUCAUCGCGCGAGCUGCAGCGACUCGACUCGAUCAGCCGCUCCCCUGUAUUUGCGUUGUUGUCUGAGACGCUCGACGGUUUGCCAACUAUUCGUGCGUAUCGUGCCGAGACCCAGUUUUCCACGAAGAACGAGGAGCUGAUUGACCGGAACCAGCGCGCGUACUUCCUUAACUUUGCCGUUAACUGCUGGCUGGCUCUCCGUCUUGAGUUUGCCGGUACGCUUAUUGCAGCGUUUGCGGCUCUGACUGCAGUACUUGCUCACAGCUCGGACCCGGAACGCGGUGCAGCUUUUGCUGGACUUGCAGGAGUAUCGCUAACGUAUGCGUUCAGUGUGACGCAGUCGCUUAAUUGGUCUGUACGUAUGCUGAGCCAGCUUCAGACGCAGAUGGUUUCGGUGGAACGUAUCAAGAACUACACGGUGAUGGAUACGGAGGCUGCGCUUACGAGUGUCGGCAAGCUUCCUCCUGCUCAGGAAUGGCCGUCCGCUGGUGCAAUUGAAUUCCGUGAUGUCAACCUGCGUUAUCGCCCUGGCCUGCCCCGGGUGUUGCGCAACCUCUCACUUUCCAUCCGUCCCCAGGAGAAGAUUGGAAUUGUGGGUCGUACUGGCGCCGGCAAGUCGAGCCUCGUGGUGGCGCUGAUGCGCCUUGUCGAGCUUGACAGUGGUUCGAUCGUCAUCGAUGGACUGGACAUUAGUACCAUCGGAUUGCACGAGCUCCGCAACAAGAUCUCAAUUAUCCCUCAAGACCCCGUUCUCUUUUCGGGCACGGUGCGCAGCAACGUGGAUCCAUUCGAUCAGUACACGGACGAGCAGAUCUGGACGUCACUGCGCCGAGCUCAUCUCGCGCAUGUGGUGACCGCGCUGGACAGUGCUGUGGACGAAAAGGGCUCCAACUUCAGCGUGGGUGAACGUCAGUUGUUGUGCAUCGCUCGCGCUCUGCUUAAACGAUCGCGCAUUAUUCUCAUGGAUGAGGCGACAGCGUCUAUCGACACGGAAACGGACCGCAAGAUCCAACGCAGCAUCCGCGAGGAGUUCCGUGAGUGCACCUGCCUCACGAUCGCGCACCGCAUCAACACUAUUCUCGACGCAGAUCGUAUUCUUGUCAUGGAACGCGGGACUGUUGGUGAGUUCGACACCCCGAAGGCCCUCCAGAAGAAGCCGGACGGCCUGUUCAAGGGACUCGUCGAGCACUGGCAAAAUGAAGGAAAGUGA